AUGGACAAACAAAUGAACAUGAUGCAAUCACUGAUGGAUAAAAUGAAAGAGCUGGAAAAGGAGAUCGUAAACAUGAAGAAAGAAAACAUAGAGCACGAAAGAUCUGAGAUCCCAAAGGAAGAGGAAGAUAUCAACGGGGAUAUAGACCAUACUAUAUAUGAUGUGAGCAGUAAAGAUCAAAAUUGCCCUAAACGUACCAUCUUAGACAGACUUGUUGGGUCGUCCAAUGAAACAACAAUCCAAAUUGAAGGUGUUACAUCAAAAGCUUUAAUCGACAGUGGUUCCAUGGUCAGUUCCAUUUCUAAAACGUUUUACGACAAAUUACCCAGCAAACCUGUUCUACACAGUUUAGAAGACUUCGAAUUGGAGGUUAAAACCGCAAAUGGAACACUUGUAAAUUACCUUGGGUAUAUCGAAGCUACAAUAGAAAGCAAAACAUUUUCACAUGGCUCGGUUACAACUCUGUUUCUGGUAGUACCUACAACCGAAUACCAUCAUAAUGUCCCUGUGUUGAUAGGAACAAACGUUAUACGGGAACUCAAAGAAAACAAUAUUGAAUCAGAAGAUACACCAGACGUAUGGAAGUCAGCCUUAAUGUCAGUAGGUUCUGCAUCAGUUGGUAUCGUUACAUCGACGCAACCAGUUACACUCAAGCCGAUGGAAAGUAGAACAAUAAGUGGGUUUGUACGCAAAACAAGAAAUGUUGAUGCAGCCGUCACUGAACCUAUAGAAGACAACUUUCAACAAAAGUCCAUAGUCUGUCCUCGUGUUGUACAACUCACAAACUCUGGAAAGACCGCACGAGUUCCAGUCAGAAUAUGUAACAUAUCAGCAAAGAUUCUUAAACUUCCAGCUAGAUCUGAAAUCUGUCAACUUAAUGAAGUAAAAGUUAUUAGACACGCAGACAUCGGCAGUAAUACAUCAGUAUCUGAAAAAGAAAACGAAAGCAACAUUAGUGAAAACUUCUUACCUGAUCUCAAAGACCAUCCAGUGUCACAUCAGCAGAGUACCUGA